UCUUGCGAAAUUGAUUAAUGUAUAAAUAUAGAAAUGGAUGCAAAAAUAUUUAUGUUAUUUUCGAUUUACUCUCUAUCUGACACUUGACAUUUGCACAAUUGCAGUUCGACGUGUGAGGAGAGAGAAGAAACAAGAGGAAAGAAGAAGAAGGGAAUAGAAACUAAAGUAAAAAAACAGAGGUCGCAUUUAUUAUAAAACUCGGAAGGCGCUAAACGAUUGGCAAGUAGAGAGACAGAAGUCGGGUCGAUUGAUAAUCUUAAUCAUCAUUUGAUAAUUAGCUCUGAUGAAAUUGAAGUUCUUGAUGUAGGAAUAAGAGUUGGAAUUGAUUUUCUUGUUUUUGACAGAAUCAAUUCGGUAUAUUUUUUUUAAAGAGGUAGUAGAUUGAGACAGUACAAAUGGCAUUUACAGUAAUCCUGCAUGAGUCGAGUAGUUAGUAAACAUUCGUUAUUAUUCCAUUGAAAGUCUAAAAGUACAAUGGAUAACGAGUCCGUAGAGAACGUAUCUAGACUAAGUAGUAGAGAGAGCAGUCACAAGGACCUCACUGCAUCUCGCAGUAGUAUUAAGAGUACGAAGAGUGUGGAUAAGAACAGUUCCAGUGCUAGCCAGAAGGGCGAGAAAGAUGUACAUUUCCAAAAAGGCUCAGUGAAGAUUAAGGCUGAUGAAAAGAAAAUGGAGCUUGAAUAUAGAACAGGUACAGAUCCAUCAAUAAAGGUACCCAACAAGAUCAUUGCAAAUUGGAGACAUGCCUGUGAUCGGACAAGGGAUCGUACCAGAGAUCUGUUGAAGAGGUGGAGGACCUUACCUGAGUAUGAAGUGGUAGCUGACAAAAAGAUUGGACCAAAACUUGAUAAAACUGACUCACAGAAUGAGAGCUGUGGCUGGAGUGUACACGUUUGGACUACAUGGGUGGACAGGUUUAGUGUUGAUACAAUGGAAGCAUGGGAAAAUGAGAGUCAAUUAUUUGAGCUGACACCAAUCCAAACCAACAAAUUUACUCAUUUCUUUACAACUCUCCUUGAUCAUGAUCAAGAUGAACUUAUAUGUGAUCAAGACUUUGGGGCCUUAAUAGAGCGGUUGAGACAUUUUGCUGACUGGUCCACUAACUCACCUGAAUACAAUAUACUAAGGGAAGUUGAAAGAGGUUUUAUGGAUACAUUUUUACAAGAAAUACACGAUGAAAAAUUAGGUUUUCAGGUGAAUGGCCAAACUUAUUUAACUCUAGAUGGUUGGUUGUACAAAUGGGCGCAACUAGUGACUGGUAGUAAAAGUUUAAACGACUUUCCAAUAUGGCUGCAGUACUUUGUAAAAGUAUUAUUUCAAGUCAUCAAUAGAACCAAUAGUGGCAUCAUUACUAAAGAAGAAUUGAAUGCAUUCUAUUCAUCAGUACUGGGCCUUGAAUCCAGUAAAGUAGAUGAGAUCUUGAACCUUGCGUACUAUGCGAUGACUUCCAACGGCGACCAUUUACUAGGUUUUAAAGCAUUUCGACUAUGCUUUUCCAAUUAUCUGUUGGGUAGAUACCCUAACGGACCUGGACACUACAUCUUAGGAGCAACUCCAUUGCCUUUAUCCUCAGCUCUAUUUCCAGUCGACUAUUCGGCCUUGAACGCACAACCUGAAGAUUUAGAACAAUACGUACCAGAUAACAAAACAAAUAGGCGUAGCGUUAUCGUCUAAGGACCUAGUUAUAAUACCAACAUAUCACUUUGUUAGGCACAGAUAGGCUAUAUACAAACGAACAAGCAAAAAAAAAAUUAAUAAUGUUGAAACAAAGUAACCAACGACACAAGUGCACCUUCUCUAUUCAGAUCAGGACAGAAAUUCUAUUGUAAACAACAUCGAUCUGAUCUUAAAAUCAUAUUCUAAAGCUAUGUGAUAUAUACAUUUUAAAACGUUGUUGAUCUUGCUGAGUUUUUAGAAGGCUUCAUAAUUUUAUUAUGUUUUCUUUCGAACGGAGACAAUCUUAUUAGCGAUAUUUACAGUUACGUUUGGAUUAUCAUUUCAUUAGAGUUGCAGUUGAUUUUAAUGAUGGUUUUAAAGAAUGAACACGUUUAUGAAUGCUAUAAUGCGAGCUAUACACAAAACACACAUUUCGCACCUUAUGUAAUAAUCCACGGCCAUCUCGAUUUUUUUAGGUGUAGAGAUAUAAGCAAACUAUUAUUAAUCUUUAGCUUUGUCACUGAUAAUGGAUUAUCUUACCAGUGGUUAGUUGCUCAAAAUAUCGCGGUUCUGGCAUACUUUAAUAUCUACGCGUGUGCUUAAAAAAAACACAUUCAAAACUUAAACACUACCAAUGAGCUUAAUUUUAUGGAUUUUGCAUUUAAUCGAAUAUUGCUGUUAAAUAAAUUUUUAUGAAAAGUUAAA